CGGCAGCUCAGUAGUGAGACUGACUCUGGCCAGAUUUACCCAGUAGAGGAGCACACCGGCGGACUGUUGAGACAUCAUGGGCAUCAAAUUCCUGGAGGUCAUAAAGCCAUUCUGUGCAGUGUUGCCAGAAAUCCAAAAACCCGAGAGAAAGAUCCAAUUCAGAGAAAAGGUAUUAUGGACUGCCAUCACUCUCUUCAUUUUCCUGGUGUGUUGCCAGAUCCCUCUCUUUGGCAUCAUGUCCUCAGACUCUGCAGAUCCGUUCUACUGGAUGAGAGUAAUUCUAGCCUCAAACAGAGGUACGCUGAUGGAGCUCGGUAUCUCGCCUAUUGUCACCUCAGGCCUGAUAAUGCAGCUGCUGGCUGGAGCAAAGAUCAUUGAAGUUGGAGACACACCAAAGGACAGAGCCCUUUUCAAUGGAGCUCAGAAAUUGUUUGGAAUGAUCAUCACAAUCGGCCAGGCCAUCGUAUAUGUGAUGACUGGCAUGUAUGGAGAUCCCUCAGAGAUGGGCGCUGGAAUCUGUCUGCUCAUCAUCAUUCAGCUGUUUGUAGCUGGGCUGAUUGUGCUGCUGCUGGAUGAGUUGCUCCAAAAGGGCUAUGGUCUUGGUUCAGGGAUCUCACUGUUCAUUGCUACCAACAUCUGCGAGACGAUCGUCUGGAAGGCCUUCAGCCCCACAACUGUGAACACUGGAAGAGGCACAGAGUUUGAGGGAGCAAUCAUUGCUCUUUUCCAUCUGCUGGCGACUCGGACAGACAAAGUGCGUGCUCUGAGAGAGGCCUUCUACAGACAGAACCUGCCCAACCUCAUGAACCUCAUCGCCACAGUAUUUGUCUUUGCUGUAGUGAUAUACUUUCAGGGAUUCAGGGUGGAUCUGCCCAUCAAGUCAGCUCGCUACCGUGGCCAGUACAACACCUACCCCAUCAAGCUCUUCUACACCUCCAACAUUCCCAUCAUCCUGCAGUCUGCCUUGGUCUCCAACUUGUACGUUAUCUCCCAGAUGCUCUCCACACGCUUCAGUGGCAAUUUCCUGGUUAAUCUGCUUGGAACUUGGUCUGACACUUCGUCAGGUGGUCCAGCCCGUGCCUAUCCUGUCGGUGGACUCUGUUACUACCUCUCCCCCCCAGAAUCAUUUGGCUCUGUUCUAGAUGACCCAGUCCACGCAGUCAUCUACAUUGUCUUCAUGCUCGGAUCAUGUGCCUUUUUCUCCAAAACCUGGAUUGAAGUCUCUGGCUCCUCUGCUAAAGAUGUGGCGAAACAGCUGAAGGAGCAGCAGAUGGUGAUGAGGGGACACAGAGAAACCUCAAUGGUCCAUGAACUGAACAGGUACAUUCCUACUGCUGCUGCCUUUGGUGGACUGUGUAUCGGUGGUUUAUCAGUGAUGGCGGACUUCCUCGGAGCCAUUGGCUCUGGUACCGGUAUCCUGCUGGCCGUCACCAUCAUCUAUCAGUACUUUGAGAUCUUUGUGAAAGAACAGAGCGAAGUAGGCAGCAUGGGGGCCCUGCUCUUCUAGAAAAGCCAAUAUCCUCCCACUGUCCACCAACUUUUAUUAGGAUCACCAACCUUGCAUUUAUUUUACAACCAUGUGAAGCGCCUGCAUCAUCAGUUCUCCACUUUCAGGAUGUGUGAGGAAUCUUUUCAUGAAUCUCAGCUGAAAUGCGAUGUUCUUAGGUGGUACGACUAUACAGCCUGUUGCUUCCUCCACAUAUCUUCCAAAAUAACACAAAGACAGACAUUUCAGUUGUACUUCAUCAGAUUUUCCAACUGACUCGAGAUUAAAGCUCCCCUAGUUUCAUUUAAAGGCUUCCUUUGUGUAUGAAACGAAGUCCUGCGGGAGUUUGGUUCUUUUUUCAGACUGACAAGAGAGCGCUUCAGUAUGCAGGCAUACUUGACUUGGAAGAUGGUGGUCAACCGCCAGCUGUGUGCGUACAAGCACGCGACCAUCUGCUUGGCGUCAUCUUAGUUUAUAUUUUUUUUGCUUUCAACUUUAUUUUAUUUUUCUGUUAACCUGCCAAUCAGGUAAAGGAAUGGACCAGGACCUGAACUGCCAGGCACUGAGUCCAGUAUUGUAUAUUUUCCUGAUUUUUGUGACCCCGUGAUAGGUUUUAUUUGAACAGGGUCUUGUAAGAAGAGGAAGCGGAGCUCACAUUGGGGUCCACCUGUCAAAUUUUUGAUGUUCAUCUUAUUUUUGUGAACAGUCAUUCAAUAUGAACCUGAAAAAACAACAACAAAAAAAACAAAAAGGGUCCACAUAGUCUUAAUGUAUGGCAUUCCCAGGGAGCUGCAGUAUUAACUCAAAUGUCACGUUCAUUCUUGUUACCCAUUUCCUAAUAUUUGUUUUGGAUUUUUAAUUGUCUGCUCCAAGCAUACUCUCAUUAAUCACUAUUUCAGACCCAACAAAUUAUGAUUUCUGUACAUAGGCUAUGCAUUGAAUAACUUUGAAUUUGUCUUAAGUGUAAGAUAAAGUCUUUUGAAUAUGUAAAAAUAAAUACAUUUCUGAACAAACUUAUAUAAAAACAUUCUCAAAAACUA